CUUUUUUUUUUUUUUCUUUUUUUCCUUUCUUUUUUUUUGGCUUUGAAAAUAUAUUUUGGGCUUUGAAAAAAUGAAAUUCGCUGAGCAACUUCAAAAGAAUAUCUUCGCUCCUUGGCGUCUAUCUUACAUCAAUUAUGACGUUUUGAAGACUGAACUCAAGGCUAGACAGCUCGAUCAUGGCUGGACAGAUGCAGAUGAAAAGGAUUUUGUCCACCUAUUGGAAAAUGAAUUGGAAAAGGUUUACGAUUUCGUCACGGCCAAGCUCGGCGAAGUCGAAGCUAGAAUCAGUUACUGUGAAAGAACGUUGCAGACGUUUAUGAACAAUCCUUCAUGGUCUUCUGAGCAAAACUGGAAUAUUAUGGAUGAUGCGCUCACUGAAGUUUUGUUUGACGUCAACGAUCUUGCAAAGUUCACCCGUUUAAAUUACAUUGGUUUCCAAAAGAUUCUCAAGAAGCACGAUAAAUGGACGGGUCUUCAUCUUCAGCAAGACUUUAUCAAGCAAUUGCGUGCUAAACCCCUGGAUAAGCAGCGUUUCGAUGUUGCUAUUGUGUAUAUUUCCGCUUUGCACGAUCUCUGUCGUCUUCAAGGUAAGCCUCGUACGGGUAAUGCGGCUGCGGGCGGUGAUCAAAAUGCUUUUGAACGGGCUACUGCCAAGUAUUGGAUUCAUCCCGAUAACGUCACGGAAGUCAAGUCCAUCAUCAUGUUGCACCUUCCCGUCUUGAUCUUCAACAAGGACAAGAAGUAUGAAGCAUCUGAUUCUGCUAUUUCCAGUAUCUAUUUUGAUAACGAAGACUUUGAGCUCUACACCGGCCGUCUUCAACGUGAUGAAGGUGCGGAAGCCAUCCGUUUCCGUUGGUAUGGCCCCAUGGAAUCCAAGAACGUGUUUAUUGAACGUAAGACACAUCAUGCACAUUGGUUGGACGGUGCUUCCGUGAAGGAUCGUUUCAGAGUGGAUGUAGACGAAGUGCCAAAGUUCAUUGCCGGUGAGUUGACUCCCGAAGAAAUCACAGAACGUCUGCGUACGAAAGGCGUGGACGAACAAAUAUGUAAGGAUACCGACUUUAUUGCCACGGGUGUUCAAAAGUCGUUGAAAGAAAAGAGCCUUCAACCUGUUCUCCGUGCCUUCUACAACCGUACAGCCUUCCAACUUCCUGGUGACCAACGUGUUCGAGUGAGUUUGGAUACGGAUUUGUGUUUCAUUCGUGAAGAUAGCAUGGAUGGUAAGUCUCGUAGAACAGGAGAGGAAUGGCGUCGUCCUGACGUUGGCAUCGACUGUCCUUUCCCUUACUUGGAUGAAACUGAAAUCUGUCGUUUCCCGUACGCUGUUUUGGAAACCAAGUUACAAACUCACCUGGGUCAAGAACCCCCAGAAUGGUUGACCAAGUUGGUGGACUCUCAUUUGGUGCACGAGGUCCCUCGUUUCUCAAAGUAUCUCCAUGGUGCCUGCUACUUCUUCCGUGAUCGUAUGCCCCUAUUACCAUGGUGGUUGCCUGAAAUGGAUAUCGAUAUUCGCAAACCUCGUGCCACUAACUUUGGUUUAACUCGUUCCAAAUCCUUCAAGCCCCUGAUUGAUGGCCAAUACCGUCGUGCCAUGGAAGCUGAAGAACGUCGUCUCGUUGACGUUGCAAAGACGGAGGCUAUUCCCGGUGUCAAAGUGAACACAGAUGACGACAAUGAAAAAUUAAACGCCUCCACCAAGCCUACAACGAACACUACCCUUAAACGCAGCACACCCGCAUCCUCACAAUCUCAAGCCAGCAAAUAGAAAAAAAAAAAAAAAAAAAAAAAAAAAAAAAAAAAAAA